UCACAGUGAAGCGAGAAGUAGAGAGGAGAGUGGCUGUAUCACACAUCACAGUGGCCUUAAGAGACAGUUAUCCAGCACAGCGGAGAUACACAGGGAAGUGAACAACGCUGGAUGGUAUUUUAAUGAUAAAUAUAGUCCAUCACUGAAUAAGGGGGGCACGCCAACAAGACAAGGCAGAGACAGGAUAUCUACUUCCUCCUCAGUGAGAGACAGAUCAGCUCUCUAUCUGUCAAGAGCAGCAGCUAUCGACUCCACAGGAGGCUCAGCACAGCCAGAACUUGUCGGUACUCCAGGAACGACAGCUAAAAACAGCAAGAUGGCUGAAGCAGCCAGGAAAAUCACAGUUUCACAAUCAUCUCAUGAUGAAGACAACCUGCCUCUCCCCCCACCUCCUCCCAUACCACCUAGACUCCUUGACUAUGAAGGGCCUUCAGCAUUAAGUAACCUCCCUCUGCCUCCACCCAAAGAAACCUUUUCCACGAUCUACCAGCAACGGCAAAAGAGUGAGCUAAAGAGGCUCUUUAAACACAUCCACCCAGACCUAAGGGCAAGUCUCGAUGACGUAGUGGACGAUGAGAUAAUGAAGGCAGUGCAGCCAGAAAACACUCAGGCAGCAGACGCAGCUUAUCAGUGUGAAGUGCAGUCCAUGAGGUGGAUCUUUGAGAACUGGACUCUGGACAAUAUUGGGGAUCCUCAUGCAACCAAGAAGCUGCUGGAUGAUGAGGAGUUUAAAGCUGGAAAUGUCAGAGGUACCUCCUCCAUGUUUGAGCACAUUGACAGUACCCAACAAAUGUCUGCAAAAAGACAGACUUCUGUCAGAGGUGACGUGAGAACAUCAACAUGGCUGUUUGAGUCCCAGCCCUUAGAUUCUCUAAAUAAAUCAAAAAGAGAAGAAGGUGAACUGGUCGAAGCAGUGCUGAAAGAACCCAUCCAGCCAGGAGAUGUGACAGGGGCGCGGCUGCUUUUUGAAUCUAAACCAUUGAGUGACUUGGGACGAUGCAACUCCAUAGAAGACCAUAGCUUCCUCAAACUGAGAUCUGAGCUUCAGGAGCAGAAAGGAGACGUCCAGAAGACUGUAAAACUCUUCCAGGCAGAACCUUGCUGUGCCAUCAAAGACAACAGUGGCAAUAUCCAUGAGAUUAAAUCUAUCUGCAGGGAGGAGAUCAUCAGCAGCAACAUCAGCACUGCCCGUUGGCUUUUUGAAACCAAGCCUUUGGACCUGAUUAAUAAGGGAACUAAUGGGGUGAAAAUAAUUCGGGGUAUAUCUCUUGAAGAGGGGAACAGAGGAGGAGUUGACCAAAAGAGGUGGAUGUUUGAAACUCAGCCAUUCGACACAAUUCAAGAAGUCGUGGGAAUGAACAAGUUUGAAGGAACGGUGGCUGAAAGCGCAGGAGAGGCCGAUGUCGUUAACAAGAGGAAGCUCUUUGAGAUGCAACCCUUGGCAGCACUGAAAGGAGACUCUGCAGAAAAUCCUUUGGAAAAGGAAGAAAUUAUUGCGGGAGAUGUCAAGACUUCUCUGUGGCUGUUUGAAUCUCAACCCAUGGAGACCCUUAAUGAUAGCUAUGAAGUUGGGCGUUUGAAGAAAGUUACCCUUUCCGCUGACGAACAAGGUGAAGUAAAAGGCAAAAAACAAAUGUUUGAGAGCUGUAGUAUUCAAAAGAACACCUCAUCUAAGGAACAAGAGAUUGAAAAGGGCGAUGUUAAGGGAUUCAAAAAUCUUUUUGAAACAAUUCCUUUGAGCAAAAUUUCUCAUUCUGAUGAAGAGAUAAUUGAGGAGGAAAAAGCUAUUGCAGCAGGAAACGUAAAAGGUAACAAAGCAAUGUUUGACACAACUCCUUUAUAUGCAAUAAAGGACAGCUCUGGAAACCUCCAUACAGUCACAACAGUCAGCCGAGAAGAAUUCAUCAAAGGGAAGGUCCAAAACUAUAAGUGGAUGUUUGAGACCAAGCUUUUAGACGAGCUUGCAGAGGGAAAAGGAAAUGUUGAGGUAAUCAAAGGCAUCACCAGAGAGGAGGGUACGAAGGGAGAUGUCAAUAUGGCAAAGUGGCUUUUUGAAACCCAAACAAUAGAUGGGAUCCAUUCAAAGUUCAACCAGACAGAGAAGGAUGCUUCUGUAGAAGAGGAACAUCGUAAAGGUGAUGUCAAGAACUGUAAAUGGUUAUUUGAGACACAACCAAUGGACAUUUUGUAUGACAAAUCAGAAAAAGUAAAUGAUAAAGAAGCUAUUGACAACAUCAAUGUCAAAUCCAUUACAUGGCUUUUUGACUCACAGCCUCUGGACAGCAUCAAAGAUGGUGAAGAGUACAACUUGAAGUUAUGCAACACCAUAAAGGAUUCUGUCAAAUCAGAGGUUGGUGUUCAAACAGUCAAACAUGUUUUUGAAACAGAAACCUUGGAUAGUAUAAGAAAGGAUGCAAAUACUGAACACAAUGUGAGAUGUGUCAGCCAAGUCAACUUUCAGUCUGGAGAUGUCUCGCGAGUCAAAGAACUGUUCGAAUCCCAGUCCAUUAAUGAAAUAGGAUCAGAAAUGGUGACCACAUCUGAUGAACAGAACCAAGACGAACAACUUGAAAAAGGUUCUGUACACAAAUUUACUUGGAUGUUUGAAAACUGUCCAAUGAACCAGAUGAAUAAGGACAAUGAGGAUGCAAGCAUUGAGAGAGUCAGUGAGGGUGGUGAUGUACAAAACAAAAAGUUUAUAUUUGAAACCUCCUCACUGGACAAAAUCCACGACCAACCCCUUGAACAGAUGUCAGACUCUGUGGAACAGCCUGUGAUCAAUGUUGACGUAAAGUCGAGCACCCUGAUGUUUGAGUCCCUGCCAUUGUAUGCAAUCAGAGACAAAGAGGGCCAGUUUCAUGAAGUUACAACUGUCAAAAAAGAGGAGGUAAUGACUGGUGAUGUAAGAGGAGCAAGGUGGAUGUUUGAGACAAAACCCCUUGACACCAUCAAGGCAGAGAAGGAAGUUUACGUGAUCCGAGCUGUUACCCAAGAAGAUGUCAAGAAAGGAGAUGUCAAAUCAGCCAGAUGGAAGUUUGAGACACAACCUUUGGACUCCCUUACCAGCCGAGAUGAGCCCUCUGUCAGGGUCAUUGAGGACUUGGGAAGCAGUAAUGUGCAGCUCAGUAAACAAAUAUUUGAAUCUGGGCAGUCAUGCGAUAAGUUCAUGCGAAUGGUCAGUGUCACUGAUGUCCAGCAUGGUGAUGUCAGGACCUCCACCUGGCUCUUUGAGAAUCAAACCAUUGACAGUCUGAAAGGGGAACCUCAGGAGCAAGGUCCAGUACAAACUGUACACAGAGAAGACAGCCAGAAAGGAGAUGUGAAACGCUGCACUUGGCUGUUUGAAUCACAGCCACUGGACAAGAUCAAGGAGCCUGAGGAUACCUCAGUGCAUGGUGCUGAGGAGGAGAUACCUAAAUCUGAUGUGAAGUGCACUACCUGGCUCUUCGAGACCACUCCACUGGACAAAAUCACUGCCAACAGUGUUGCUGACACCCUGUCCGAUCUGUACCAAAUGACUUUUGUUCACUCAAGUGGCAUCAUAAUAGAAGCAAAUGAAAGUAGAAACGUUAUCAUGGCAAAAUAUCUACUUGAAAGCAAUGAAGGUGUGCAAAUCCAGAAAGAAGAGAUUGUUGGAGGUAACAUCAGGAACAUCAUGUCACAACUCCUACUCAAACCAACCCUAAAGCCCCAAGUUAGUCUUCUUAGAGAAGUGGAGAAGGGUAAAGUGAAUACCACAAUAGUAGAACUUCCAGUCUACCAGUCAGCCACAACUAGCAACCUCGAGAGGGAUCAAAGAAUACUAAACAUUGUCCUGAUGAUCGAUGAAAUGCUUGCCCAAGAUCAGCAUUUGAAAAAAGGAAUCAUAAUGCAAGAGACUGCAGGGGGCCAAGCAGAGAUGUCAGUUUAUUCACUCAUCAGCAAUUCUGAAACCAAAUCCGAGAGUCACUUUAUUGAGAAGGGAGACGUAAAGUCUACAAUUGGAAAUCUAUUAGCUACUGCCAAUAGUCAGAGGACUGCAGCAUCGUGUAGAGUGGAUGAAAAUGAAAAGGGAAAUGUGAAUCUGUACAAAAGUUGCAUUGAGAAAGGAGACCUGCACUAUCUGAAAAGUCUUCAUACUGAGGCAACACAAGAUGAAGUUGAUCACAGCUUUCUGGCUGAGGAGCACAUUGAAAUAGUUCAGGGGGAUGUGAGGGAAGCAAAGAGAAGUCUCUGUCAGCAAAAAGAGCAGGUAGAGCGAACCAUUUCUGAUGUUUUGCCAGGCGAUGUAAAGAACACAAAAAAAGUUUUUUCGUCUGAGUGCUCUCUCGGUGUUGAAAACUGCCCUCCAAAGGAAGAAAUAAUCCCUGGGGACAUCUUAUCAGCAAAGCAACAACUUGCAGUGAUGCAACCUGUCAUGAUGGAAAAAGAGGAAAUUGUGGCUGGGGACAUCAAGGCAACAAUGCAGUCAUUAGAACGGGCAAAGCAACAGAGCAUGUGUGUGGAGCGGGAGAUCAUUAAACCUGGAACUAUCUAUGAGAUGAACUUGUCAGGUCCUGACAUAGAAGGAAGCCAAGCACAAAAAGAGAUUAUUUUAUCCGGAGAUGUGAAAGCAGCUAAAAAGUCCCUUGAAAUGGCAAAGCAGCAAAGCAUGCAUGUGGAGCGUGAAGUCAUUGUCCCUGGGAAAAUAUACAACCUGAAUGUCACAGCACAAGAGGAAAGCUCCUCCACAGUGAUGCAAUCUGCAUGUUCGUCUUCCUCCAGAUGCCAGCAAAUCAAGACUUAUCCAAAGGUCAGUGAUGCAGAGAAAGAUCAGGAAAGCCAUGUUUCAUUUGAGGCUUGUCAACAAAAUGCAGUUAUAGUCAGUAAUUGUGCACCAGAAUCACUGCCACCUUUUGUAAGCUGUGAGUAUAAUGGUCAGACAACAGAAGAUGAGACAGAAGAAGUUAGAGGAGAUGUGAGGGCAGCUAUUAGGUCUCUGCAGUGUGCAGCAACAGAGCAGAAGCUCCUAGAUAAAGAAGAUAUUGUAAGAGGUAAUGUCCAAUUGGCUCUCCAAUCUCUUGAGAAGUCUAGUGUAAAUGUAUCUAAAGGAGACUAUAAAGCUGCAAUGAUAUACAGAAAUUCAGGGAAGGCUUGUUCAGGAAGGAGCAAGACUGUUCACAAGCAGUGUGUUGUGGUGUCUAUACCUCCAUCUGACACAAAAUUGUCUCCUUCAAUUUCAGUAACCUGUGAAGGACAACCAUCCAUUACAAGACAGAAUUCAACACCCAACUCUGUAACAAAUGGAAACUCUAGAUCAUCCAGCUCUGUAUGUGUAACUCCACCUCCACUCCCUCAAAAGACAAGUGAGAAACCGCAUGAGCAGAAGCCAGCUUUACCGCCAAAGCCACAAUGGACAAAAUCAGUAGUUGUAGAGGAACAUAAUUUUUUAGCUGCUCCUGUAGUCCCUUGCCCCAUUACAGACCACAUAAAAGGAGCAGUGAGUCCUCCAACACAAAGCAAAAACGUUCCUAAGCCCUAUCCAAAUAAACGAUUGGAAACCACAUCACAUGGCAAAAUCAAUAAAGACACCUUAAAUGAAACAUCACACCAAAACUGUAUUGAAGCACUGCGAGACUCAAAUCAAACAACUGAACAUCUACCGAUGCACUCAAAGGCUCAGGAAAAUAAUAAGAAAAAGAAAACACUUAUAGGGAGCAAAUCAGACUGCCAAGUAAUGAUGUUGAACAGCACUGAAAUGGAGCUGGAGAGAAAUAUUAUACAGAAAAUUAAUGCAGCUGAGGAGAUACAAAUGUGCAUGAAGAAUUAUGCAGAAGAUGGUAAACAUGAAAUGAACAUGAGCUUGCAGGCUGCUCUACAGAACUUUGAAAGAAAGAAAAGUGAGACUCUGGACAAAACCACUGCUCAACAAUCACCUCCCAAGAAAGAACACAACACUGAGAACACACAACAAACAUCAAACACCAAGAAAUGUCAUACACAGCAAAAUUACGUCAAUGAAAAGCAACCCAAACUCGAGGAUAAAGUUGUUUUAAGAGAAAAGAAAGUAAAAGAGACAUAUGAUGAAAGACGACAAAGGCUUUCUGUCCACAAGGAGGAGAUCAUGAAAGGAAAUGUGAAAGCGGCCAGUGAAAUCUUUGAAAAUUUGAGGAAACGAGAGGAACUUAAAGAAAUCCUGUCUCAAGUGCAAGAGAUAGAGGGAGAGACCAGCAGUGUAGACGUUAGCUCCUUCAAGACGCUAUAUGAGACUGUCCCUACUUGGAUGGUUACACCAAGUGGAAAUGCAAAGCAAAUUAAAACAGGGGAAAAGAAAGUUGAAGUAGAGACACAGGAUGACGAUCUAGAAAGCAUCUCCUCAGUUGAGACUGCGUUUGAAGAUCUAGAAAAGGCAAGCAAGGAAAUAAUGAAUCUGAAGGAACAAACGUUAGCAAAACUUCUUGACAUUGAAGAGACCAUUAAAAAGGCUUUGUACUCCGUCUCCAAUCUGAAAUCUGAGGCUGACAUCGCAGGGUUGUCAGGACUAUUUGAUGAAUCUUUGAAAACUGAGCAAAUCUUUCAACCGGCCCACAACAUCAGAAAAAUAAGCAUUGGCUCAAGCAAGGUCAAAUCAAGUCAAAUCAAAGAGGCAUCGGGCGUGAAUAUGCAAACAGUUUCGGAUUCAAGUCCUUCUAAACAAGAAGUACACAGACAAGUCCACAGCAAGCCACUCAUCAGACAGUCCUCUUCCCAGUCUUCCCCAUCAUUCAUUUCAAUUCACUCAGCGGCCAGAAAGCCUGCCGAACAACCAAAGUCACCCAUGUCAACAUUUAAACCAAAAACAAAUGGUGAUUCUCAAAGUUGCCAUGAUGCAAAUAGUGAUCUGGGACAGGAGUCUGCGGAACCCUCAAAUAAUGGUCACAUUGGCCCUGCACAACGCAAGAUCAGUGUGCUCGAAGUGAAAACUGUUCCAGAGCAACCUGCAGGAAUAGUUGGCAGAAAGACUGUCAGUCAAACAUACGAAGAGGCCGAUGGCUUUGGCAAUGUAUUCGUUUCUUCUGUGACUUCAACAUUUGUCACCAAACAGUCUGACAGUAAAUCAUCAGCACUGUUUGAAGUAGUCGGGAGUCCAGCCAGAUACGAAGUCAUGACAUCCCCAUUAAUUCGAAGAUCUGCUCGCCCUUUUGAAGACAAAGUGUUGAGCAACGCCAACGAGGAAGGGACGGUGUUUGUAACAUUUAGCCAACCAAAGGAAAAGCACUAAUUAAGACAAGCAGUGUGUUUUCUGGUCCUUUAAUUUUAGGAAAGCAGUUACUCCAUUUGUGUAUUUAUUACAAUAUCUUUUCUUGAAAACCUUUUGUUAGUCAUUAAAUUAUCUUAUGAAAUCAUGAAAAUGUUGACUUAAUUAAAAAAUAAUUUGUCUUAUAGAUUUUAUACUGUAACCACAUGAUAAAGUGUUACGUUCUUGUAUUAAAGCUAAGCAUAUAGUUGAUACUGUAUGGUCUGCUGUGUAAAUUGUCAAAUAAAUAACAAUUUUAAAAGA